UAAUCGGUUUCAUGGUGAGGUUAACUUUAGUUUCCCUGCAAUUUGCAACAGGUUUGUUGUUGCAAACCUCUCGAUGAACGAUUUUUCCGGUAGAAUCGACGAGUUCUUUGAUGGGUGCUUGAAUCUGCAGUAUCUAGAUUUGAGCUCCAACAAGUUUACUGGUAAUAUUUGGACAGGUUUUUCAAGGCUAGUGGAGUUUUCAGUUUCUGAAAACUUUGUCACCGGACCAGUUCCUGCUUCAAGUUUUUCAGAGAAUUGUGCUCUGAAAGGCUUGGAUUUAUCGGUAAACGAGUUCCGGGGAGAACUUCCCAGGGAGAUUUCGAGUUGUAAGAAUUUGGUUAUGUUGAACCUGUGGGGAAACAAAUUUUCAGGGUCACUUCCAUCAGAGCUUGGAUCGAUUUCCACCCUUGAAGGCUUACUAUUGGGAGACAACUCUUUUUCCAGAGUGAUUCCGGAAUCUCUUUUGAAUCUUAGGAACUUGGCCGUUCUUGAUUUGAGUAUGAACAAUUUUGGUGGACAAAUGCAAGAGAUUUUUGGUCGAUUCAAACAGUUGAAAUCUCUUGUUCUUCAAGGGAAUUCAUAUACAGAUGGAUUAAGUUCCUCCGUGAUUCACAAGCUAACAAAUCUAUCUCGACUAGACUUAAGCUACAACAAUUUUUCUGGACCUUUACCUGCUGAAAUCUCACAAAUGGUAGGCUUGAAGUUCUUAGUCUUGGCCUACAACCAAUUUACUGGUGCCAUACCACCACAGUAUGGAGACUUGUCCCAACUACAAGCUCUUGAUCUUUCCUUCAAUCGGCUCGUCGGAUCGAUUCCGCCUUCCAUCGGAAACUUAAGAUCUCUCUUGUGGUUAAUGCUUGCAAACAACUCACUCACUGGUGAAAUCCCUGGAGAGCUUGGAAACUGCAGAAGUUUAUUGUGGCUAAACCUAGCCAACAAUCAACUAUCCGGAAGAUUACCCCAUCGGUUAACAAAUAUUGGAAGAAAUCCCACUCCAACAUUCGAAUCGAACCGCCAAAGUAACCCGAUGGUUACCGGUCCUAGCGACUGCUUGGUGACCGAGAGGUUGCUAACAAUAGAUUACUCCCCUUUUGGUUUUAUAUACACAAUUCUUACCAGGAAGAUUUGCAAGAACAUAUGGAAUCAGUUGCUUCAAGGACAUGGUUUUUUCCAAGUUUGUGUCAAAGAUUCACCUGUUCGAAAAUAUCGAGUCUCGGGAUAUCUUCAACUCACUGGGAAUCGAUUUUCAGGGGAGGUCCCUUCAGGUAUUGGUAACAUGCAGCAUUUGAGUGUGUUGGAUUUGAGUUACAAUCAAUUCAAUGGGAAACUUCCUACAGAGAUUGGGAACUUGCCGCUUGUGGUCUUAAAUAUCUCCUGGGACAAAUUUUCAGGAGAAAUUCCAAUGGAAAUUGGGAACCUGAACUGCUUACAGAAUCUUGAUUUGUCACACAAUGAGUUUUCAGGCACAUUUCCAGGUAACCUCAACAGCUUGAACGAGCUAAGCAAGUUCAACAUUUCAUUCAACCCUCAGAUUGCUGGAAAAAUUCCAGAUUUUGGGCAACUAGCGACAUUCGAGGAAGAAUCUUAUUUGGGGAAUCCAUUGUUGCAGAGCCGAGUGUCCAAAUGGAAGGAUCCAACUGUUCCAGCAUUAAAGUUGGAAAACGAAAAUGGAUCAAAAUCUAGUGAAGAAAGUGAAAAAGGAUUUUGGUGGAAAGCAUUGUUAAUGGAGUACGGAUGCGGGAUGACAUUAGGAAUGGUAAUGUUAUAUUUUUGUGUUCGGAAAACUCAGCCGAAAUGGGCCGUGAACAAGGUUGAAGCCAUGCAUCGGUUGAAGGUAGUUCGGCCAUUAAAGAAGAAUGGUGGAAUAAAUCUUUAGUGAAAGAGAAUCUUCUCUUUUUAACUAUAGGGAAGGGACUGUUAAAUUAGGGGGGGGGGAGAGGACAUAUGAAUACAUAAAUAUAUACUUAGAUGUGUUAUUUUGGCAAAAUGGUACUUGAGGUUAUUGUAAUUG